AUGGCAGAAGGAGUGUGUAAGCCCGAGGAGGAUGAAGGACCGUGCACCGAGGAGGACUGCCAGUCUUUCCACGGAGUCGGCGUGUGCAAAUGGUUCAACGUCCGCAUGGGCUUCGGGUUCCUGUCCAUGACGGACCGGGAGGGAGUGCCUCUGGAAGAACCGGUCGACGUAUUUGUCCAUCAGAGCAAGUUGCACAUGGAGGGCUUCCGCAGCUUGAAAGAAGGCGAAGCUGUCGAUUUUAGCUUCAAGAAGUCAUCAAAGGGCCUGGAGUCGCAGCAAGUUACCGGGCCCGAUGGCAUCCACUGUGUGGGCAGCGAGAGGAGACCCAAAGGCAAGAAGGUCCAGAAGCGACGCUCAAAGGGAGAUAGGUGCUAUAACUGUGGAGACCUGGACCACCAUGCCAAAGAGUGCAAGUUGCCACCCCAGCCCAAGAAGUGCCAUUUCUGCCAGAGCAUCGACCACAUGGUUGCCAACUGCCCAAUCAAAGCACAACAGUCGUCGCCAGGAUCUCAGGGAAAACCGCCCCCCUCGAAAGGAGACAACGUGGAGGAGGGGGAGCACAGCCUCGCGGCACCGCCUCCCGAAGCCUCUGAUUAGGCGAGUUAUGGGGGAAGAGCAGAGGCCAAUCAAACUGCUUCGAUGGUGAGACGGGACACAUGGAUCCCCUUCCACCUGUCGAAGCUGCUUUUGAAACUACCUCAGGUUAAAAAAAGAAAAAUGCUGAUGAAGAAUGUUUUCUAAAGUUUUUGUUGAUUUGUUUUACGUUGGUGUAACACUCAGGAAUACUGCUGUAUUAUUGCACUCAGGACGCUUUCUAAAUGUUCGAAUCACUGCUGUUUGAGGCGUUGAGAUUGUAGUGCCAUAUAACAGAUUAUCUUUUUUAAGUAGAAUCUAUGUUUUGUUUUUAUGUGAAACUGCCCUUACAGUGGGUGGUCUACCUCAUUUUGUUUUGCGUAAUACUCAGUAAGUGUGUUUAAGUAUUAGAGUUACACUUUGGCUGCCUUACCAAUUAGUCCCCUUCCUGACUGUUACACCUGACUAUCCGACAAGGCAGGGACUUUAAAGUUGGGACCUCUGUAAUGAAUGUUACUUUGCAUAUCGCAUGGGGAGAGGGAGGGUUUGUGAAAACAUAUGGGAUGGGUUUUACGGUAUAGCUUAAGGCAAUAUAUUGGCGUAUGUCAAUAUUGCAAUCGACCAUCCAGUGAUCCUGGAGCGAAAUGAAUGUCAGACCAGAAGUGGUUUUUCAAACUGUCGGUCAAGUUAAUUUUUUUGUCAUUUUCAUUAUUUUUGUCCAGCCUUUUGCUGGCUGUCUAAAUGUGCCGAUCGACCUCAUGGUCUGCUACCAAAACUCAUUUGAACUGCUGAUGGUAAACCAAAUAUUCUCAUAAUACAGCUUUGGAGAUUAUUGGGA